UUCCACCCGGUCCCAGUUGGCGCCGGACGCAGCAGCGGAGGCUUAUAAACAUGGAGACAGAGGACGCUGGGAGUGGAGAGCCGUCUUCUCGGCUGGGGGCUCCUGCGUCCACUAAUGACCGGCUUUUCCUGGUUAAAGGUGGAAUUUUCCUUGGUACUGUUGCUGCAGCGGGAAUGCUGGCUGGAUUUGUUACAACACUAUCAUUGGCUAAAAAGAAAAGUCCUGAAUGGUUCAAUAAGGGAAGUGUGGCCACGGCUGCCUUACCGGAGAGCGGGUCCUCCCUUGCCUUGCGAGCCCUGGGGUGGGGCUCACUUUAUGCCUGGUGUGGGGUUGGUGUGAUCAGCUUCGCUGUCUGGAAGGCUUUAGGAGUUCACAGUAUAAAAGACUUUCGAAGUAAAAUGCAAUCAAUAUUUCCAGCAAUUCCCAAGAACUCUGAAUCGGCUGUUGAAUGGGAGGAAGCAUUGAAAUCCAAAUGAGAUAAGCAUGGUGGGUGAAGUCCAGAACGAUUGUUACGGGAAAAGCUGGCUUUGGAGAUGUCACAACAGCAAAGGGACUCAACAGAUUUCUCCUCAGGAACACAUGCAGAUUGUUGAGUGAACCUGUGGGGUGGAUGGCAUUCAGUGUCCUCAUAGAAGGCCAACAGUCAUUUCUGUGUGCUGUACUUUACAACUGAUUUGGUUAUGUUCAUAUGGGGGUGGGGCGGGUGUUGGAGGGAGGGCAAAGUUUUCUCAAAGUUAGGAAGACUAUUUAAAAAUAAUUAUGUGGAUACCUUCUCUAUGUGGAGGAAAUCCCAGGGGAAAUACUUUUAUGACUGUAACAGUUGAAACCAAGUUUUUUGCCUGAAAAAAAAAUUAUAAUGUAUGAUGGAAAAUCUUUAUAAACAGACUCCUAACAGCAGUAGUACCUCAAUGUCUAAUUAACUAAGUUUCAACAGCCUUUCUUGUCCGUAUGUGGCUGUCAGAACUUGGAGGACUUGCUCCGGUUAGGCAGACUCCAAAGUGACGGGUUAAUGGGUGAAUCCUGCCCAUCAGGCAGUGGGUGUGGCUCUCUUGUCCUGAACACAGUCUUUGAUUUGUAUAUGCUAGUCAUUUACCUGACAGCCUCACCUUAGGCCCUGUAAGUUCUCAGACAAGAAGCCGGUAACAGAUUAUGAUAACUUGAAAGGAUAAUCAUGCGAAAAUAGUGAUAUUAUGGGUAUAAAAUGUACUUUUUUGACAAGUUGGUUCUGGGUCCCUAAACACUGACUGACAGUUUAUAGCUUUAUUUCAGUUGUCUGUCAAUAUAAAAAUAGUCCAAUUAUCACCUAUCUUAACAAAUAUUUUUAACCAAAAAGAUACCUGAGAACUGAGUCUCAGGUAAAUUAAAAUUUUAAGAAAAGUACUUUAACAUGUCACAGUAUGACCAGAAAAUUAACCUCUGGUUGAAUAUCAUUGUGUAUUUUCUUUAUAAUUGCUUAGGCUCUAAUUAGCAAUCAGUUUAAAAAAGUACAUUUGAAAUUUAUCUGUUAAAAUGAAACCUUUUAGUGUUAAGAAAAAGUUUUAAAUGAAAUGUCAAGUGCCUAACGUAACAUUUUUCUCUGGACUGUGUUAUCCUGUUAAAAUUGCUGUAUUGUUAAUUAAACAGGUGUAAUCAGCACCUGGGAUUCAUAUGUAACCUGUUUAAAAUCCAAGACUAAAAGAAAAGGAUUGUGAAAUUUAUCUCAGGGUAUGUGGAGUAGCAAAAACUCUUCACCCACCUUUCAUUUUUAACUAAAUCUCUGCUAACAACAAAA